AAAAAAAAAAAAAAAAAAAAAAAAAGAAACCAAAAAAAUGCAGCCGGAAAUUGGGAUCCACGAAAAAGACAGUUACCGUCACACAAGUGGAACCAGAUUAGUUUUCAGUGCCUGUAUGUUGCAGACAUAAAAACUUUAUCGUUCGUGUAUGCUAUACUCUUUGGGCUUCAACGCAUUUCAGCAACUUUCUUCCGAUGAGUCGACGGCUAUUCAUUCACUUUUUCCCUUGAAGGGAAUAGACCGCAUUCUUUUGGCAUCCUGGGAAUCCACGUUUGCCCUCACAGAGCAAAAUCAAUUGGAGGUGUUGGGCUUCCAACCGCGUAGCAAAGAUCUCUGGUAUGAUUUUCAGGCCGUCGCCAUGUUUGGUGAUCCGGUGGGCGUUUUCGGCUUCGUCGAUAGGGAGACCAAUGUUUGGUUGAUCAGGGACGGCAUGUGCCAUCACUUGACGACCGAUGCCAAAGAUGCAGUUUACUGUGCCGGACAAAACCGUAUUUAUGUACUUCAAACUGUCCAGGGACGUGUGGAGGUGUUUGAUUUGAAUGACUUGACCGUGUCCUCCCUGUUAAAUCUCCCGCCUGUGAUCAUGUUAGCCAGCUCCACCACACACGUGCUUUUUUAUACUCGUGGAUCCGAUCCUAUCUAUGCCUUGGGCAGUAAUCGAUUCUCUCAACUGGGCAUGGAUUUUCACACCGUGUCUCACCUCGACGACCCUCAACCUGUGGAUUUUUUUUGUGGUCUUGGCUCGGAUCACGAGAAUGGCAUGGUUGCAUGCGGUCCGUUUCAUUCCGCCGUGAUUCUAGACAACACUCUGUAUACAUUUGGAUGGAGAAAGUAUGGUCGAUUGGGAUGGCAUACAGAAGACGAUGCCGUGGUUGGAUUGCCCUCGUUUUUGGACAAUCACAGCUCCCCGGUUGAUGUUGAUGUCGUCAAAGUCGCUUGCGGUUCUAACCAUACAAUUGUAUUAGACGAUCAAGGCACCAUUUGGACCUGUGGUAGUGACAAGUACGGGCAGCUGGGUCGACCCGUAUCCCAUGUUGACAAGUAUGAAGAUGCAUUUCGUGCCUGUGAAUUCCAAGAUCAAGCUACGAAUUGCGACGCCGGACGUUGGAGUUCUUUUAUCUAUACCGCCUCUGCCUAAUGUACGCCUCUGUCUAGUGCAGGCCUCUGUCUGAUGCAGGUUUGCUUGGUAGCUCGACCCUUCUCUUUUUUCUGGAUGAUUUUCCUCCAAGAAACAAAGACGCAAAAAAAAUA